AGGACGGGCGUGACUUUAAUUUUUAUUAAUUACAUUUAUUACUUAAAUUUUACAACUUUUUCAAGUACCUAUAAAAUGAUUAUUUUAACUGUGUCUCUGGUGAUUAUUAUUGCUGUUCUGGGGUCUUGGAUGCUUUUUUAUCGGCAUUAUAAAGAUUCACCACCUUUCCACAAAGGUCUGCUACCAAUUAUAGGACACUCAUACCUAUUUAUGGGUGAUACAACUUCCAUAUGGCGUAAUUUGAAGAAUUUGGCUCAGGACUGCACCGACAAGGGAGGCGUAUUGCAAAUUAUCAUGGGUUUCAAAAGACAUUACAUUAUAACAGACCCUAAAGAUGCACUUACUGUCGCUAAUGCCUGUUUGCAGAAACACUUUGUUUACAGUUUCGGUUCGCGUUGGCUCGGAAACGGUCUUAUAACUGGGUCAGGGGAAAUUUGGAAACGUCACCGGAAACUUCUUAGUCCGUCCAAUUCCCCCCAAAUAUUGAACACCUACCUUGGUAUAUUCAACGAAAACUCCAGACAGCUCGUCACCGAUUUAGCUCCUAUGGUGGGUGAAGGAUUAAAGGAUUUAUCGUUUCAUAUCAGAAAAAUGGCCAUGAAUACAAUUUUCAGAACUGCAUUCGGUGUCUAUACCAAUGAAGACGAAAACUUCACCAAAGCGUACAUGUCAGCUGUAGACGAGAUAUUAACGAUCAUCACAAAACGCUUCACUCGAGUUUGGCUACAGAUUGAUUUUAUAUAUAAUUUGACGAGCAUCAAAAAAAGGGAAGACGAACUGAUUCGAAUUGUCAAUGAAAUGUCGAAUAAAAUUAUUGCAAGAAAACGAUCUGAGCUGGCAUCAGGCGUAGCAGCGGCAAACGAAACAGAUAAUAAAUAUCAAGGUCUGUUGGAUCUUAUGUUGAAAUUAGCUAAAGAAGACGCUCUAACAGACCAGGAAAUCAGAGAGGAAGUUGACACAGCAAUUAUGGCUGGUUUCGACACUUCCUCGUGGAUCCUGGUUUAUGUACUUGUAAAUUUGGGAUCGUUUCCAGAAGUUCAAGACAGGGCUUACAACGAGAUCAUGGAUGUUUUUGGUGAUUCAGACAGAGAUCUAGAAAAAGAAGACUUAUCUAAACUUGUUUACACUGAAGCGGUCCUGAAGGAAACCAUGAGACUCUAUACAAUGGGACCGGUUAGUCUGAGACAUAUCGAGGAGGAUGUCAAACUUAAAAAUUUUACACUUAAAGCUGGAACUGAUUGCUCGAUAUCAUUGUUUGGUAUAAAUCGCCACACAGUGUGGGGUGAAGACGUUAACGAAUUCAAGCCUGAACGAUGGUUGGAUCCCCAGAAAAUACCUGAUAACGCCUUUGCGGCUUUCAGUAUUGGCAAACGAAGUUGCACUGGCAGAGCGUACGCCUUGACGCUGAUGAAAAUAAAUCUAGCGCACCUUCUACGGAAGUACAAAAUCAGUGGUGAUGUAAGCAAGUUAGAUUUCAAGUUCAACUUUAUCAUAAAACCGAUAUCAGGAAGUGAAAUUGGGCUGGAAUACAGAAAAUAAUAAUUUGAUAAAGAAAAAAAAUGGUGUGGGUUUAUUUAUUAAAUUUAAUAUC